UCGCGCCGUCCCAGUCGCUGCGAGGCUCUGCGGUCGGCGGGACUUCCGUGUUGGCGGGAUUCUGAACGCUGCCAUGGCUCACACCGUGCAGAACGUUACAUUGUCGCUCACUCUGCCCAUCACGUGCCACAUUUGCUUGGGGAAGGUACGCCAGCCUGUCAUAUGCAUCAACAACCAUGUAUUUUGUUCAAUUUGUAUCGAUUUGUGGUUGAAGAAUAACAGCCAGUGUCCAGCUUGUAGAGUCCCCAUCACUCCUGAAAAUCCUUGCAAAGAGAUUAUUGGAGGCACGAGUGAAAGCGAACCUAUGCUAAGCCACACAGUACGGAAGCACCUUCGGAAAACUCGACUUGAGUUACUCCACAAAGAAUAUGAGGAUGAAAUAGAUUGUCUGCAGAGAGAGGUGGAAGAGCUUAAGAGUAAAAAUCUCAGCUUGGAGUCACAGAUCAAGACUAUUCUAGAUCCUUUAACCUUGAUGCAGGGCAACCAAAACGAAGACAAAAUUCCAGUUGCAGAUAAUGCAAGUAAAGUUGACCCAGGAACUGUAGUGGAGUGGAAGAAAAAACUAAGAACAGCGAAUGAAAUCUAUGAAAAAGUGAAAGAUGAUGUGGAUAAGUUAAAGGAGGCAAAUAAAAAACUGAAAUUGGAAAAUGGUGGCCUGGUGAGGGAGAAUUUACGACUGAAGGCCGAAGUUGAUAACAGAUCACCCCAGAAGUUUGGGAGGUUUACAGUAGCUGCUCUUCAAUCCAAAGUAGAGCAGUACGAACGUGAAACCAAUCGCCUCAAGAAAGCCCUGGAACGGAGUGAUAAGUAUAUAGAGGAACUAGAAUCUCAAAUUGCACAGCUAAAAAAUUCAAGCGAAGAGAAGGAAGCUAUGAACUCCAUUUGCCAGAGAGCACUUUCUGUGGAUGGCCAGGGGAGCAACGGCAGCGAGGAGGAUGUGCCGUCCAAGAAUCCAGGUGACGGUGCCAGAAAGCAGCUUGGCUCGUCCACCUCGAGUUCUCACCUGGCACAGCCUUCUAACAGCUCUGCCCGGCAGGAAAGCACCAGCAAAACUGACCUGAAAUGUUCUAAGAACAAGGACCUAUAUCAAAAGCAGGUGGAAAUAAUGUUAGGUGUGACAGACACAAGCAUGGAUACUUACUUGGACAGAGAGUGGGGCAGUAAGCCCAGUGACUGUGCCCCCUACAAAGAUGAACUUUAUGACCUUCCGGCUGCUUGUACUCCUUUGUCCCUGAGUUGCCUUCAGCUCAAUACCCCAGAAAAUAGAGAGAACUCCAUGGUCAAAGCAGGAGGUUCCAAAAAGCACUCACACCAUCUCAGAAAAUUGGUGUUUGAUGACUUUUGUGAUUCUCCAAAUGUCUGCAGUAAAGAUUCUUCAGAAGACGAUAAAAGUGAGACUGAAAAGAAAUCAGAAUGUUUUCCUUCCCCGAAGACAGGGUUCUGGGAUUGUUGUUCCACAAGCUACGCCCAGAGCUUGGAUUUUGAAAGCUCCGAGGGGAACACAAUUGCGAAUUCUGUUGGAGAAAUUUCUUCAAAACUGAGUGAGAAAUCAGGCUCAUGUUUAUCCAAGAGGCUGAAUUCUCUUCGCUCUUUCGAAAUGAAUCGGACAAGAACAUCGAGCGAAGCCUCCAUGGACGCGGCUUACCUUGACAAAAUCUCCGAGCUGGACUCAAUGAUGUCUGAGUCGGACAACAGCAAGAGCCCGUGUAAUAACGGCUUUAAGUCGCUGGAUUUGGACGGGUUGUCAAAGUCCUCCCAAGGCAGUGAAUUCCUUGAGGAACCAGAUAAGCUGGAAGAAAGAACUAAGCCAAACCUUUCCAAAGGUUCUCUAACUACUGAUCAGUUAGAAAAUGGAAAUGAGUGGAAACCCUCUUCUUUUUUCCUCCUCUCUCCGCCUGACCAGGAGAUGAGCGAAGAUUUUUCACUCCAUCCCAGUUCUAACUCAGGAACUAAUGAAAUCAAACCCCCAAGCUGUUUGUUUCAGACUGAGUUUUCCCAAGGUGUCCUGCUGAGCGGGUCACAUCAGCUGUUUGAAGAUCAGAGCUUUGGGUCCUCUUUGUUUAAGAUGUCCUCAGAGAUGCAUGGUCUCCACAACCACCUGCCGUCUCCUUGGUCUGCUGCUUUUGUGCCUGAGAAGAGAAAUAAAAGUGCGAACCAGUCAACAAAGAGGAAAAUCCAGAGCAGCCUCUCUAAUGCCAGCCCAUCCAAAGCAACUAAAAGUUGACUCAUUAGAAAGGUGUCAUUUAUGUUUUUGUCCUUAGACCAAUAUAAAUGUGUAAAGUUACUUUCCCCUCAUAAAGGUUCUGUAUGAUUUUGAAUCGAUAGUCUUUAGUCGAGUGUCCAGUCAGAAUAUGGCAGAUUGGCCUGUACUGGCCGGGGUGUCCAGCCCAUGGGCUGCAUGCAGCCCAGGGUGGCAGUGAAUGCGGCCCACCACAAAGUCAUAAAUUUACUUAAACCUUUUUUUGUUUGUUUUUUUUUUUGCUCAUCAGUUUUCAUUAGUGUUUGUGUAUUUAAUGUGCAGUCCAAGACAACUCUUCUUAUACUGUGGCCCAGAGAUGCCAAAAGGUUGGACACCCCUGCCAGUGUGCCCAGAAUACUUUCAUUCAUUCUGAAGAGUUUGUUCUUUUUCAUUUUUGUUUGGGAAUCUUUUUGACCAGAAGGUAGGCAGAGAGUUUCCUUUCGAUGACUAUUACCUGUAUCUGGUUUGGAUAUAUUUUGUUUUCAGUCUUGAUUUUUCAAUAACCAUUAGAUACAAUGGUUAUAACCAAUAGAUACAGGCCUAUUAAUGAGCCUCAGUUGUCUUCAGAACUAGGAUUUCCUAAAUAACACUGUAAGUGUUGUCUGCACACUGCCCACGGGACACUUGAGUUUCUUUAAAGCUUCUCCUAGGCUGGGCAUUAUCUUGCCUGCCCCCUUUUGUUUAUGGGUAGUCGUGGCCUAACUUUUUAUGCAAGGCCAUCAUGGAGAAAUAGUGUUCUAACCUUAGACCAACAUUCACUUCUUUUUUGGUUUUAUGUGUAUGUUUGCAUUCUUAAUGUUGUGUUUUGUUCAGUUUUUGUAAAAAAAAAACGUUUGCUAUUAUGAAAGAUGACAUUUCUAUACGAAAAUAUCUGUUUCACGUGAGAUAACUUUCAUUUGCUCAUCUUUCUGUGUGUAGUGUAGUGAGAAAUCGAAAGUUGAGUCUGCUUUGGAAGGAAGACAUGGACCAGUUGGGUUCCGAGGGGCCUAAACUAAACUGGUGGUUUUGCUGUUCCGAUGGACUUGCACAGAAGCACUCACUAACAAGCCCUGGACCUACUCCUGUGGUCUGCCAGGGAAGCUUUUUUGGGGUGGUCGAGUUCUCGUUUGCAUGUGAAAACUAUGCAUGAUAGCAUUCUUGCUUGCACUGUUUUUCUUACAUAAGAAAAAGAAGUUUCAAUUGGCUAAUAGAGUAUCUUUUACAUAGGACAAAAAUUUUUUUUUUCCAUGAAGAGUGUUGGAGGGGUGAGAAGAGGUGAGCUAAGCACAAUUUAUAAUGUAGGCUCUAAAAAACUAUAUUCUCACCAAACAUGUGUUUGGUACGCCUAUAUAGGUUUUUUUCAAAAUGGUUUGUAUGCGAAUGACUUGUCUAGCAAAUGUGCACUGAACAUUUUACAUUAAUGCCAUACUGUUUUACAUGAAUACUGCAUGCUUUUCUGUGGGAACUGAAUAAAGGAUGUCAUAAGCACUGUAA